CACACACACACUCAUACUGAAACCAAAAGUAGUUAUUCCACUCCAACUGCUUAUAGAAGCCACAUGCUCGUUCACACACUCACACACACUCACACACCGCAGAAAAGCCAGGCCGGAGACGGGAGCUACUGUCUACAAUUAUUCUAAACAGAAGCAGAGACAUGGCUACAGCGACUCUCCUGGUCCUCACCCUGAUGCUCUCGUCCGUGCCGGUCGGACAGGCAGCUGAGUCUCUGUUUAAUGUGAAGUGCCAGCCUGCAGUAGGAGUCAUCGGUCAGAUCACUCACAUCUCCUGCAGCAUCGAGUCACAAACUGGGCCUGUUGUUAUUAACACAGUGGUUUUAACCAGGUUUAGUGAGAUUAAACCCUGUUUCACAUUUCAACCGUAUGAGAACAGAGUGACAGGAGACUCUCGAUUUAAAGUUGAAAGCUUGCCAUCGUUACAGCUUCAUAACACAGCGAUCUCAGAUGAAGGUGGAUAUAAAUAUUACAUCAGGACCAACCAGGGGAAUGUUAAUGUACAAUUCACAAUUAAUGUCACAGCCAAGUACAGCUCCCCGGUCAUAACCUUUGAGCCGACAGUGAUAGAGAGCGGUGGAGCUGCUGAUCUGUACUGUAAUGCUAGCGGUGGAUACCCAGCAGGAACCAUCCACUGGUUUGGUCAGAGCAACACAAACUGGACAAAAAACUCUGGACUGCAGAUCACACAGGGACACGACGGUCUCUUCACUCUGUUCAGCAAACUGAGCUUCAAGAGCAUCGACACGACCUGGACACCUUUCAGGUGCGUCGUCCUCAACUACAGAUACAAAGGAGAAGGAGAGAGCGCAUCAACUCUAAAGAUAAAGGGUAAGUGUUGUCUUGUUCUACAUAAAUAAUUGACCUAAUGUCAGAGACGAUGCUAUAUUCUAUCACAGCUAAUCAGCAAAGUAAAGAAUUCUAUCAUACUGUGAUUUUUGCUUUUCAGUGUGUGUAAAUAGCAAGUCAUUCUGUUUUAAUAUAUUGACCAAAAGGCCAAUCUCUCUCUCUCUCUCUCUCUCUCUCUCUCUCUCUCUUCCUAAGUUGGCCCAAGUGGUCCCACACUUCCUGACAGCACGACGAAGCCCAUCAUUGCUGGUGUGAUAGUUAUCGGGUCUCUCAUCGCCGGCCUCCUGAUUGUUCUGUUGUUCAGGAGGCGACGUAGCCAGCACAUGAGAAGAGCUUCGGGUGUCCCUAUUCUCAGUGAUCGUGCCGGAGAGCCAACUGACCCCGAGCAGGAACAAGCCCUGAACGAGCCGGUCUAUAAGAAAGCAGACGAUGUUGAGGAGAAAAUCGAAGUGUAGCAUCUGAUUCGUAACGGCCUGUAAACUUUUAUCCCCAUGACGGAAUGUUUACAAAACUUGGUUAUCAAGACAUGUCGACUUCCUGUAAAAACAAUUCUUUCCCCAUUACUGGGUCACCAAGCGAGUUAGCAUUGAGUGUCAUGUGACCCUGAGUGUGAUUAUAAAUGUGAAACUAAAGGACAGGGUGUGGAGACUGUGGAAAGUACCUGAGAGAUGCGAUCUUAAAGACAAAACAAACCAAAUCCCCAAACACUCUAAAUACUGAGAAGAAUGAAAGUUCAUUUAAACCCAAAUAGCUGUUGUAUAAUUUGUCUGUCACUCUAUUUGUCCCGUCCAGCAUGUCUGUAUGUACAGAAUUCAUCACUAUCCCUUCCUUUAUAUAACAGUAUAUAAUAAUCCAGUGGUGUUUUUCCACCUGCCCUUCCUCUUAGUGUAGUAACUAAAUAACACACUUUAGUGAAAGUUCAGCCAGGAUGUUCUGAGCUGGUCUCAGGUCUCAGAGUCUGAGGUUCUGUCCUGAUCCUGAGGGCCCGUGUUGUCCUACACAAGUGCUCGAGCUGAUUCGAACUACAGACGACGGACUUUAGAUCUCUGUGGUCAUCAAAGGUUUCCUUGAGCAGCGUCUGACAUGUCGUAACACGAGACACCUGAGGACUGUACUUCUCUGCUUUCGUUCGCGAAUGUGAUUACAAUCCCAUGACACACUGCUGUGUUAAUAAAUAAUGAGAAUUAACUUGUUACAACAGGGUUUCACAGCCCUAAAUGGAACUCCAAACAGGUAUAAUGUAAAACUGAUAAAUGAUUGACUAAUGCCUUAUUCCUUUAAAAUCCUCCGCCCCGACUCCCAGGCUCGGGAUCAGUGAUGUGCCUCCAGUACCGGGGCUCACCGAGUUUUAUCUCAGUCGUAAUCAAGCACACCCUACAGCGCUAUUCAAAAGGUCAUAAUAACCAUAAAAUGCCACAACGGGCAAAGUUUAAUACCGAUGCCAAAACUGCAGGAACAAGAACAUCGAGAUCUUACAGAAACAAGAGCAACUGUAAAUCUGAACGUCACAAAGACUGAAAAAUUAUAAUGUGAAUCAAUCACUUCAGGUGUGUCAGUAACAUUGUGAACUAGACCUACAGUGGCUUAGACUCCCUGCUGGACCGAAAGGGGAUAGGGUUGUUUUUUCCCACAAACCGGACUCUUUAAGUGGUUUGUGUUUGUGUGUUCAUUUGAAAGAGGACUCGGUUCCCGUCCCUCUCGCACCUUUUACCGCUUUGGAUCAUGUGGAGCGUUUAUGGCCGUGGGUCUGUCCAGAACAACAUCAGGAGACGAGACAUCAUUCGGCUGAAAUGUUUUAAUUAAAGACAGCCACAUAUGUCUCGAAACAUUGUGACCACUAUGAUAUGAUUAUAUAUAAUUAUUAAUAAGUGACAUAAAUAUAAUAAAUAUAAUAAUACAAAAUAUAUACAAAAAUACUUUUUUACAAAUCCAUUCACAAGUGCAAAAUUGUGCAUGUACAAUAAAUAUAAUGUGUGAAUAUCUAAUAAUUAAUCCAGUAAAAACAUCAACUAUUAAUACAAAAGUAAAAUCAAUUAUUUUUUUAUGUUAACAGUUUAACAUGUGCAGAUUUUAUGUGAAAAAUAUAGAUGAAAAAAAUGAUGGUCAUGGUUUAUAAAGCAGUGCUUUAAGGAGUGCAGUGACGUCCAAAAGCUCUGAUUGAAUAAACACUCCUACAUGGAGACCUUCACUGUAAUGUCUAACUUUGGGAGGUGUAAUGUGCAGUCAUGGUCAUGGUCAUGUGGACCUCAGACGUUCCUCAGGGCUCUGAACCAAAUCUGUUCAGGACAUUCGGAAGAUCCCAGGCGUCGUUAUCCCUCCCAAAAAUAAUCAAAUUCCUGGAGUAAAGGAAUCCUGAUUCAUGAGUUCAUAUUUGGGAAAAUCCAAAGUCCUCCACUAACGGCUGGAUAACAAUGUGCUCAUAAACACUGAAAGCACUGGAUACAAAUAUAGUCUGGUUUUACUUCCUUUUAAACUUUUACUUGCACUUGAACUUCACUUUAUAGGAUGUUAUUCUGUAGCAGAAGUUAAUCACAUUACAGUUUGCAAUAAUCAGGUGUGUAUUUCACUCUUAUUCCUGUUUUACCCUUUUUUACAUAUCUUUUAUAGUUGUGUUUUUGUGUUGUUGUUUUUAUUGUAAAUAUGAGUGAUUAAUAAACGUGCCGUAACCAUGUGUCACAGUAACCAUGGUAACCCUGA